AUGGGCACGGUGCUGUCGCUUUCCCCUGCUUCCUCGGCCAAGGGCCGGAGGCCGGGAGGGCUGCCGGAGGAGAAAAAGAAGGCGCCGCCCGCGGGGGACGAGGCGCUGGGGGGCUACGGCGCGCCGCCGGCCGGCAAGGGCGGCAAAGGCGAGAGCCGGCUCAAACGGCCGUCCGUGCUCAUCUCGGCGCUCACCUGGAAGCGCCUGGUGGCAGCCUCGGCCAAGAAGAAGAAAGGCAGCAAAAAGGUGACGCCCAAGCCAGCGUCCACUGGUCCCGACCCUCUGGUCCAGCAGCGCAACCGCGAGAACCUUCUCCGCAAGGGCCGCGACGCCCCCGACGGUGGCGGAGCCGCCAAGCCCCUGGCCGUGCCGGUGCCCACGGUGCCCGCGGCCGCUGCCACCUGCGAGGCCCCGUCGGGGGGCAGCGCGGCCGCCCCGCCACCGGGCUCAGGCGGGGGGAAGCCGCCGCCACCGCCACCCCCAGCCCCGCAGGCGGCACCACCGGCGCCCGGAGGCUCGCCGCGGCGGGUCAUCGUGCAGGCGUCCACCGGCGAGCUGCUGCGCUGCCUGGGCGAUUUCGUGUGCCGACGCUGCUACCGCCUCAAGGAGCUGAGCCCCGGCGAGCUGGUGGGCUGGUUCCGCGGCGUGGACCGCUCGCUGCUCCUGCAAGGCUGGCAAGACCAGGCCUUCAUUACGCCCGCCAACCUGGUGUUCGUGUACCUGCUGUGCCGCGAGUCGCUGCGCGGGGACGAGCUGGCGUCGGCCGCCGAACUGCAGGCCGCCUUCCUCACCUGCCUCUACCUCGCCUACUCCUACAUGGGCAACGAGAUCUCCUAUCCGCUCAAGCCCUUCCUCGUGGAGCCCGACAAGGAGCGCUUCUGGCAGCGCUGCCUGCGCCUCAUCCAGCGGCUCAGCCCGCAGAUGCUGAGGCUCAAUGCCGACCCCCACUUCUUCACGCAAGUCUUUCAAGACCUCAAGAACGAGGGCGAGGCCGCGGCGGCAGGCACCGGGGGUCCACCGAGCGGAGGCACGUCCACCACCUCCUCCUCGACCGCCAGGGACAGCUGCGCGGCCGGAGCCAAGCAUUGGACUAUGAACUUGGACCGCUAG